GUGCACGAUGUCAACUUUUAAUCUAUAAAUGUGAUACAUAUAACGAGACAUUUAAAAAUAUACAAUAAUUAUAUCUGUGAAGUUGUGGAAGGACUAGAACAUCGGUGACAACGAUUUCAAAAUAUUUGUGCAAACAUGAGUCUUUGGGUAGAUAAGUAUCGACCAACAACACUCGGAAAAUUAGAUUACCAUAAAGAGCAGGCAGAAUACUUAAAAAAUAUGGUGCAGAAAGGGGAUUUUCCACAUUUGCUAGUAUAUGGUCCACCAGGUGCAGGAAAGAAAACUCGUAUAAUGUGUAUUAUAAAAGAAUUAUAUGGAAAUGGAGCUGAAAGAUUACGGAUGGAGACCAUGAAUUUUGAGACACCAUCCAAAAAGAAAUUAGAAAUAACAACAAUAAGUAGCAAUUAUCAUAUAGAAGUGAAUCCUAGUGAUGUGGGUAUAUAUGAUAGAGUAGUUGUGAUGGACUUAAUAAAGACAACUGCCCAAACUCAUCAAAUAGAUUCUAGUGGACAAAGGGACUUCAAAGUGGUGCUAUUAACUAAUCUGGAUCAACUUACUAAGGAUGCACAGCAUGCACUUAGAAGAACAAUGGAAAAAUAUGUUGCCACAUGUAGAUUAAUACUUUGCGCGAAUUCAACAUCAAGAGUUUUGCCAGCUAUCAGAUCUCGAUGUUUAGAAAUUAGGGUACCUGCUCCAUCAAUAUUGGAUAUCAAAAAUAUUUUACAUUUAGUUUGUAAACGCGAAGGUUUAACUUUACCGGACGAAUUAGCAGUUAGAUUGGCCGAGACUAGUGGCAGGAAUUUGAGACGAGCUUUAUUAAUGCUUGAAGCUUGCAAAGUUGAACAGUACCCAUUUACUGUAAACCAAAAGAUUACAGAACCAGAUUGGCAAGUGUAUAUUAGAAACACGGCAAACAUGAUGGUCAGCGAGCAAAGCCCAAAAAAACUUCUAGAAAUACGAAACAGACUUUACGAGCUACUAACGCAUGCUAUACCAUGCGAUUUAAUAUUUAAGGGACUUUUACAAGAAUGCAUAAAGAAUUGCGAUCUCCAAUUGAAAAUUGAGAUUGCAACAGUGGCUGCAGAAUAUGAACACAAAAUGCACAGAGGGUCAAAGGCCAUUUUCCAUUUAGAGGCAUUUGUCGCCCGAUUCAUGGCAAUUUAUAAAAAAUUCAUUGAUUCAUCUCUCGAGGGUUUCGUGUGAUUUUUUUUUAUUUGUACACUUAAAUGUAUCUACUCAAACAUAAAUAACCUUUUUAAAUAAAUUAUCAUACAUUUUCCA